AUGACAAGGUGCGUCGCGAUUAUAGCCGUAUGGAAGCAUCCACUAGACUUGUCACUGCUACACAAACCCUUCGAUCAGCGACUGAUUGUGGUUGGGCCGAAGUCCAUGAUUCAUGGGGAGAAUAAGUAGGUUUUAAAAUAUACCACAUCCUCAUUGCUUUUACUUUACUCUAGCAUACCCUACCUUACCAUACUCUGCCCUACGAAACCUUACACCGCCCCCCCCCCCCCCCCCGUAACAUACCCUAACCAACUAUAAUUUUCAAAAAAUGAAAAAUUGUUUUAGUAUUGACACAUUUCACUACAUAGACGGACCAAUCGGCAAACAAGACAACAACUAUUCGCCAAUCAUUCAAAAAACCCUCGAGCUGUGUGCCAGUUUAGGUACCACAAGAUGUCGUCUGAUUACGUUCGAGAAGGCAUUACAACAGGAAGUUGCUCAAAUAAGAACGGAACUCAGUUUAGAGGGCCUCAAACACAAGGAAUACGUCUCGCUGUUCAACCGGAAAGAAAUCAAAAACUUGUGCAAAAAGGGAAGCGUUCCGUCCGCAAAGUAAGGCGUAGUAUAUAUCAUGGAUAAUAUAGUGUUAGAAAGUUAAAAAAUUAGGAUAAUAUUAGUAAAAAAGUUUAAAUAUAUCUAACGUGACCUAUAUUACCUAAAAAACAACUUUAGAGCUUGUAAAACCUAUUUCAUCAAAUGAGCUGCGCCCUUAUUUACUGUGUUGCAGCCUGCGGGCCAAAAUUAUACGCUAAAACCUGUUUAUCAUUUUCUUGUUUUCGACUUUUUCUUUGUUUUAUUUACCAUUCGACCCAAAAUCUGACUUUAUAUACCAUAAAAACUUGUAACUACUUUCAGACUAUGUUCAUUAGGCUCAAUUCAAGCUCAUUUAGAGCAAUGGGUGGAUCAUGCUACGAGUAAUUUGGGGAAAUACCCAAUUGUUGUCCGACCUCAAAAGAAUCUGCUUUACGGGUACAGCGGGUUGAGAAUUAUCUACAAUGGAGACGAGUUCAACGAGUAUCUUAAGGUAGGUUUAUUUUUUGUUUAUUUAAAUUUAAUUUGUUAUUUUAGAUUUAUUUUGUCUUAUAAGUAAGAUUUAUAUUGUUGUAGGUGUUUUUCUGGGCUAGUCUGGGUAAAGUCUGCUUUUAGGGCAAUAACGGCUUUUAAAAACUUUGAGUUUUGAAAUUUUAGGAAAUGGUUGUAAGACAGACUGGAGGAAACAUAAAACCGGCUCAAAUAUUGGCGGAAGAAUGUAUUCAAGACGGCCAAGAAGUUGUGGUUAUGUUCUCAACAAAAACUGGUCUUUAUGGUAAGGAUUUGAUGUGUUUUUGGUUAUUUUAGGUAACAAAAAAUUAGAAAAAGCUUAUUUAAAAAAGUUAUGGUACGUGGCAGAUUAAAAAUUAAUAAUUUAAUCGGUUUUUGGUAAUGAAUCUUGUAAUUUGUUGUUAAACGAAGGUUUGAAGGACGUUUUUAAUGCAAAUAAGUCAGUGGGAUAUAUAAAAUAAUUGGUUAACAUUUCAAGCACACCCGUCUUUUUAUUUCAGCGACGCUAGCGAUUGUGGAGCCGAGUAAUACUUUUCUAACAGCAUCAAGAAGUGGAGAUCCUUAUGCCAUUGAGUAUUUGAAUGCAGAUCAAACUCGGGACACUUUUCCUGGUUUAGAAACUUUUGUAACACAAACUUUGAAAUCCAUAUUUCAAUUUGAUCACAGUGAAAUAUUGUUUUUGAAGGCUGUUUAUAAGGUAAGUUAUCAUAAAGGCUGGAGGAGGGAUCAAUAUAGUGAUAUUGCAUAACGUUUUGUUUGCUCAUUUAAUUAGUUUUCUCAGUAGUAUUAUAAACUCAUUUUUAAUGAUUAGGUUAUAUUUGGACUCUAUAAAUAAAGUUUGUUCUUUUCAGGGUCACAACGACAUCCGCUUCAUGAACUUAUCCUUGGAGCUGAACAACCAAACUUUAAAUUCUCUUUUUCGCCGAAGCCAAUAA